AUGCACUUGAUUUACAUUAACUCUUUGGAAGUUAUCCAGCAUUCAAUCAAAACUGGAAUAUUCUAUUGUCAAACUAGUGAAGGAACAGACACUAGGCAGGACUCCGUGGCAAAUCCGAACUCGCAGAACACGUGGAAUUUAAAAUGCACGUUACUUCGAAUGUGUUCAAACAAUAUUGCGUUUCCGACAUUGCUGUGCUUCCGGCCGACCCGGUGCGACUGCCGGUUUUCAACCGAAUGA